AUGGCACCGGUCGCAACCAGCUCGUCGGACGAUGAGCGUCCGCCGCCCUACUCGUCGACCCCCGCUGCCCCACCGGCAUCUGGCGCGCCUCCUUCGCAGCGCACCGUCAGGGUGGCCAUCAUCGGUUCAGGCCUCACCGGCCUCGUGGCGACCUACCUCCUCACUUCAAAGCUCGCCCAGCGGUCGUCCGAGCGGCAGGAUGAAGGGGCCCGUGCACGUUCGCCUUCCGUGCGCAUCUGCGUAGAGAUCUUUGAGCGCUCACAGACGCUCGGCAUGGACAGCGCCAGCAUCUCGGUACCCCUCAAGCUCGUCGACCCGCAGACGGCAGAGCACGACCUCAAGGAUCGCCAGCCAAAGGUCAACGGCGGGCCCGGCUCCGCCAGCUCCUGGCCAGAGCGCCCCGGCAACAGCCUGGCCGCAGGUUGCGAUGAUUCAGCUACCGUCGCUGCCGCCGCCCCUGCUACGGCCGGCAAGUCGAUGCGCAUCGACGUGCCCAUGCGCGCCUUCACCGGCGGAUACUACCCGGAGCUGCUCGCCCUCUACCGCCAUCUGGGCAUCCGAGUCCGCCGCACCAACUUCACCUACUCGUUUGCGUCACUGCCGAGCCGGCUCGAUGCUUCUACCGACUCCGCCUCGCCCGCGCUCGACAGCGGACCUGCGCCGUCGCUAAUCUAUAACGGCGCUUCCGGCCUCCGUGGCAUCAGCAUGCCAUCUGCCAUCUCGUGGCGUCGCUCCGACGAGGACAACUCGAUUGCGGCCCGCCUGGCUGCCGCGUCGGCCUACUUUGGUCGCGUGCUGCUCAUCGUCUUUUCCUAUCUGCAAUUGCUCCUGCUCGCAUCCUGGCACCACCACCUCGGCCACACGUCGGAUCCACACCAUCCCAUCUACACGAUGACACUGCAGCAGUUUGCCCUCGACCCUCUCCCGUCAACGUCGCCCGCUUUCAAGAGCCAGCCGCCAUCUCUGUGGCCGCUCGGCGGGUUGCGCCUUCCUCCGAUGCUCCGCUCCUGGCUGGUCGUCUCGCCCGCCUUUCUGCACGCCACCGUCGUGCCGCUGUUCAGCGCCGUGAUGACGUGCAGCGCCGAGUCGGUGUUGCAGAGCCCUGCGGCCGAGGUGCUCGACUACGUCGCGCUCACCUUUGGCAAGAACCACUACGUCGUGCGCGACGGCGUGCGCGAGGUGGUGCGGCGGUUGCUCGUCCACGUCCCCUCGCCUUCGACGGCGGUCGACGGCGAGGUGGAGACCGAAGGGCGAGAAAGAGAGCCGACCCAUGCCGCAGCACGCUCCGGUGCGGCCUGCAAGGCAGACGCUGGCCCGCAGAGCCGCGUCUGGACGUCGGCCGAGGUGCGCAAGAUCGAGCACCGCAAUGGCAAGGCGUACAUCACCGCAUCGCACGACUUCACUGCCAGUCUGGACGACGGCGGCAGCGAUGCCAUCCCCACGCCCGCCUCUUCGGCCAACGCCACCGAUUCCGAGGGCGACGACGAUACGCCUGGCAGCCGCCAUGCCUCAUCGACGCCGCGCCGUCAGAGGGUGGAGCGGCAGCAUGGCGGGUACGACCACCUCAUCUUCGCCACGCAGGCCAAUCAGGCGGCAUCGUUCCUGGGCCAGUACACCGAGAGCCUGCGCGGCGCUGCAGCUCGCGGUGACGGAAAGGACGAGCAGCGGAAAGGCAAAGACGACGAGGAGCAAGCGACGGCGACGAUCUCGAGACUCGAGGAGAUGCGCGACCGCCUCCUCUCGUUCCGAUACGAGCAGAGCGUCGUCGUCAACCACACCGACACGCGCGUCCUCCCGCCGUGCCGCGACGAUUGGCGGGACCUCAACCUCGUCUCGCCGCUGUCGUCCAGCCUGUCUUUGUCGCCCUCGAUGUCGAGCUCGAAACCCAGGACCGGGUCGAGUGCUCAUCCUGCCGGGGACAAGAAGGAGUGGCGCGCAACGACGCACACGAUGGCAACGCACAUCCUCGUUUCGCCCCGCCAUCCACACGGACGCGGGCAGGAGCAGGAAUCGGAUGGUCGAUGCGUAGGAGGGGCCGGGGCCAGAGUGGGCAAGACGGUGAUGCAGACCACCAACCCGCACACGUCGCUAUUGCCGGACCGACGUCGCAUCCUAUCGCAGUCGCACUUUGAGCGGAUUACGCUCAACGUCGAUGCCAAACUGGCUCGACACCACCUCUUUUCACUCCCGCCGCCCGAGCAAGGGCGAGGGAGGACGAGGAAGCUCGAAUUGGGAAAGUUACAGGGCCGUCCCACGGACGACGAGGGCAAGGGCGUGGGGGUAUGGACGUGUGGAAGCUGGUCGGUCGGUAUCCCCCUCCUCGAGGGAUGCGUCGUCUCGGCACGUCUGGUCGUCGAAGCCCUCCUCGCACAGGAGGGCCUAGAAAUCGAGGGUGGCCCGCCCUGGCUCACAUCGUAG